AUGGCUGUCCAGGUCGUCUCCUUUUUCGACCAGUUCCCUGACUUCGACUGCAAUCCGGAUUCGCCAAUCAGCAACGAGUUCAAGCGCCUAGGCAAGGCCCGCAAUUGGCGCCCUGGUUCCAAGACCUGGACGAAGAACUGGAACCGGUGCAUGGGGAAUGAAUACAACCGCCUCAUCGGAAGCCGCAUCAGUAACCUGGAGACCUGGCAGGUCAUGUGCCGAAAGGUUGGCCUUGGCGAUGAGUUUACCUCGAUCCGUCAGUGCAAGAAGGCCCUUUCCUGCAUCUACGUGAACAUCAUCGACUUGCUUGAAUGCUGGGAGACUCACGAAAUGCCCACACGAUUCUGCAACGUCUCCCAGUUGGCCAAAUACUCUAAGAAAUCGGCCAAACUGAUUCCCCGUGAAUGGGCAAAGCAAGACAAGGUCCUGCGGGUCCUCCUGAAGCGCCUGCUGUGA